AUGGACCGCCCCAACAACGCCAUAUACAUGCUGUCCGAAGGGAAUCACGAGCUUCGCGUCAUUCAGGAACAAUACAUACCUAAACAUGCUCAGUCACUGGUUGAUGUGCAAUACUCAGGAAUCAACCCUGCCGAUACUCGGCACAUGUACCUGAAUAUGACGAACUACGUUGCGGGUUAUGAGUUCACUGGAACCGUCAAGCAAGUCGGUCCAGAGUCCCCCUUCAAGAUUGGUCAAAACAUCUUCGGCAUUUCCCUUAUGUACGACCGUCGCCCUAAUUAUCUCGGCGCUCAUCAGAGUUAUCUGCUUGCAGAACCGUUGAUGACAUUUCUGCGGCCAGAACACCUCGACCCCAUCACAGCUGUGACACUUCUCGCUGGUGGAGGUACAGCGAUGGACGGUCUCUUCAACGUCCUGGGCUAUGGGUUCGCACUUGCCGAUAUCCCCGGCAAUGAACCUAAAGAUGAACCCAUUCUCAUCUGGGGAGGCGCAGGUAGCGUUGGACAAGGCGCUAUUCAACUUGCAAAAGCAGCUGGUUUCCACCCAAUUAUUGCAACUGCCUCACCACAGAACCAUGAGGUGUUGAAGGAACUCGGGGCAAGUCACGUCUUCAACUACAAGAGUCCUACCGUCAUACAAGACAUUCGCAGCUUGCUUGAGUCCUCAGGUUGGUCGCUGAAGACUGUCUUUGACGCAGUUUCUACUGGUCUGGGCGUUUUCGAAGGCCUCACAGAAGAGCAAGAAAAGGAAGUGCAGGAGAAAUACGACCAAAGCUCAUCAAGCAUGGCUCGUAAAUGCUGCGAUCCCAAGGUACCGUCAAGCGAGCUUCGUUUAACUUCCGUUCUUCCAGUCAAGAAAGAUCCAACUUAUGUAUUUUGUCUUAAUUUUCGUCCUGUGGAGGUUCUGAGCAUUGGCAAUGAAGGAGCUGAGUGGAGUGAAGAAUUUAAACAGGCUGAGGUGGCAAAGACGAACACGUGGCAGGCGCGCAUUGAGAAAGGAAUUGAAUGGUUGAUUGAGAACCAUGAAAAGUACUGGGAACCUCCUAGGACUAGGGUGGUUAAGGGCGUUGAAGAAGGCCUCCAAGGAAUUCGCGAUGUUUGGCAGGGGAAAGUCAGUCGGGAGAAGCUUGUCAUUGACCAUCGCAUCUGA